GCACGCGGGGCUGGUCCAGUGGGUCCGCCUCUGGCCUGUCCCCUGGCCGAAGCCAGCCUGCCAUGGAGGGGGAUGUCCCCGCCGCUGCAGCCGCCUGCUACCAGCCGGCCAGCCCCCCACGGGACGCCUGUGUCUACAACAGCUGCUACUGUGAAGAAAAUAUUUGGAAGCUUUGUGAAUACAUCAAAAACCAUGACCAGUAUCCUUUAGAAGAGUGCUACGCUGUUUUCAUAUCUAAUGAGAGGAAGAUGAUACCUAUCUGGAAACAACAAGCAAGACCUGGAGAUGGACCUGUGAUCUGGGAUUACCAUGUUGUCCUGCUUCAUGUCUCAAGUGGUGGACAGAGCUUCAUUUAUGAUCUUGACACUGUCCUGCCAUUUCCCUGUCCUUUUGACACUUAUGUGGAAGAUGCAUUUAAGUCUGAUGAGGACAUCCAUCCACAGUUUAGAAGGAAAUUUCGAGUGAUCCGUGCAGAUUCGUAUUUGAAGAACUUUGCUUCUGACCGAUCUCACAUGAAAGAUUCCAGUGGGAACUGGAGAGAACCUCCUCCAUCUUAUCCCUGCAUCGAAACUGGAGAUUCCAAAAUGAACCUGAAUGAUUUUAUCAGCAUGGAUCCUGAGGUAGGAUGGGGAGCUGUCUACUCCCUGUCUGAAUUUGUACAUCGGUUUGGCAGUCAGAACUACUGAAAGGGACAUCUGGAUGUAAACUAUGGAGAAAUUCUAGGACAUGAACAGUCCAUCUCUUCAUUUGGGACAGCAAACACUAUGGUACAUUUGGCUUGGAAUUAUAUUUUCUUCUUUUAAUUCAGUUGAGUUGAAACAUGAAUGAACAAAAAAAUUAAUAAAAAUAAUUUUUUUGA